AUGGACGGGUAUCUUCGGAUUCUUUUUGGAAUGUUUACAUCAGGAAUAUGUAGACUUGUAAGCAGCAUCGAUUGCGGGGAGUCCCGUCUGACAGUGACAACAGAUGACACGUGUUUGACCUUAUCUCCCCUCGUGCCGUUCAGUCGUACCCCCGGGUCAAUUAUUAGGUACAGCUGUGCCACUCUCCUGACUGGUCUCCGGGAGUCGGAGAUCGAUUUUUGUCCCGUGGAGAUUUGUCAGGACAAUGGGAAAUGGUCGACUGCUUCUUUGUCCUGUGCAGUGAAUGAAUGUUAUCCGCGCGGUAAAUCCGAGGCUUACAAAGGUCGUCGGAAGUGUACAGUCAAUGGACAUGCGUGUGAGAUAUGGAGGAAUCAUGGGUAUUCUGGACAGGACCAUAGAUACUGCCGGGACCCGGGAGGAGAGAAGGGUGCUCCUUGGUGUCAUAUAAAAGCCACGUCAGUUCCGGUCCCGUGGGAGUUCUGUGAUGUCCCUAUUUGUGACGAAAAACGUCUGGAAACAGCAUGUGAUGAAGAGUAUGUAGAAUCGUGUAAUCUACCGGAUAUGACAGUGAAGGUUGAUCAUGACUGCACUGGGAUUAAAUCACUUCCGAUUUAUAGCAUGGAUGUCGGAUCGAGUAUACACUUCCGGUGUAGCUACAUACAGGCCAAUUUACAAUCAUCGACCGGCUAUUGCCCCGUGCAAGUGUGCCAGACAAACGGAAGGUGGUCAGCGGCCUCUAUAUCAUGUGGUGAAAACGAAUGCUAUGAAGCUGGCCGAUCUCAUGAAUACAAGGGUCAUAGGUCAUGUACCAGUUCCGGAAGACAAUGUCAGGCUUGGGAGAGUCAAUUCCCCCACAUGCAUGAACUUAAAGCUACGUCAUUUCCGGGGGAAAAUAUGACGGGUUCUUACUGCAGAGACCCGGAUCGAUUGAGGGGAACCCCCUGGUGCUUCACCCUGGAUCCAGAAAUUGAAUGGGAAGACUGCAGUGUAGAUCUCUGCGACGAAAUAGAAUUGGUGUCAACAAAAUGCAGUAUACUAAGUGAACAAGACGUAGGAAUCGGAUACCCUGCCCCGUCUGACAAAUAUCUACACAUUCCCUCUGAUUCAGACCAAUUCAUACAACAAACAGAGAGCACUCUCAACAGGAAUGAACAAAUCUUAUCGUCAGCAUACAUAUACCACAGCAACGAUCUACCCGUAUCAACAACAGUCCUCCAUAGUAACGAUCAACCCAUAUCAACAGUAUACACAUUCCAUAGUAACGAUCAUCCCGUAUCGACAGCCGUCCUCCACAGCAACGAUCAACCCGCAUCGACAACAGUCCUCCACAGCAACGAUCAACAAAUAUCGACAACAGUCCUCCAUAGCAACGAUCAACAAAUAUCGACAACAGUCCUCCAUAGCAACGAUCAACAAAUUUCGACAACAGUCCUCCAUAGCAACGAUCAACAAAUAUCGACAGUAGUUCUCCAUAGCAACGAUCAACAAUUAUCGACAGCAGUCCUCCAUAGCAACGAUCAACAAAUAUCGACAACAGUUUUCCACAGCAACGACCAGUCUGUAUCGGUAAUAUACACCCACCACAGCAAUGCUCAACAUGUACUUUCCGUAGAAACUAUACAAAGCUACAAUAAGGAAACAGAGUCAAAAUAUACAGCAGGCAGCCACGAACAACACUUGCCGUCAGAGGAAACCCCAAACACUUACUCACAGGUAACAAGCGUACCGAGCCAACAAACCUUCAGGCAUGAGUAUAAAAAAACAACUGUCAACGAUAUAGAUACUUUAGGGUAUUUGGUUGCAAAAGAGACUACGCAGGGUGGUUUGUUCUCGGAGUUCUCAGAUAAGGAUGCGUACACUUCUCCUGUCUUGAUUAAAGCUAAUUUUGGACCUGAAUCAUUUUUGAAAACAACAACAUUCGAAAUGUUUAACGAUGCGUACAUAAUGCAAAGCGGAAUAAAUAAUUUCAUGUUUCCCUACCUCUCCUCCAACUUAGUUUCAAAGACUGAAUCCGAUACAGAAAUGGACCCACUUUCAGCUGAAUCACCAUUGCCUACUGACGUGUCUGCACGCGCACGGUUGUAUAGUGUGGUUGAAGCUUCUGCAAGAAACAGUGAAAGUUUCAAAGCAUUCUUACCGGAAGUGGCCACAAGUGCAACAGAAUCUGAGAGCCAAAGACUUUUACGCUAUGACAUGUACACUACAUCAUUGACUAGUUCUUUCCGAUCGGAUUCUGAUGGGCCUUACAUUGACAACUUUUAUACGAACGAGGCUGUCCCGAAUACAUUGCGAUAUGAAGUCGUUACGUCGGUGCGGUAUGACGGCGGACCGAUGGGUGGAUCUAGUGGAUUAGACAGAUUGUCGACACAGGAUUCGUUUGUUGACAUAAAAGCGGAGCAGCAUACUCCAUCACAAAACUCUGAUAUCAGGAGAAGUCUGAAUGAGGUGACGGGAAGUACCACUAAAGUCCUAAUGGAUGAGGGCUCAGUGUCAAAUUCUCAUCAGAUAAGACCAUCAUAUGACUCUAUUCCAAGUUCAAUACAUGCUGCUACGUCACCAUUACCAGUGACGUCUGCAGCAGGGAACGGGAUCUAUCCGUCGUCUGUGAAACACCGUCCACAUAUAGACUAUACUGACAGGUCGGAAAACGGAAAUGAAGAGAUGAUCCCGACGGAUAAAUGGGCAGACCAUGUAUGAUGCAGUUUUGAGUCCUGUAAGCUCAUCGUUAGAAGUUUCAUUCCCCUCUUCAAUCCUUCUUUCUGCCACUGACCAUGUUCUGCAAAAUAGCAGACGGGGAAAAGACGAGUCGAAUAAAUUAGUCACAGAGGGAAAGGCACAAUAUUCUUCUAAAGAGAUGAGACAGAAUAACACAAACCUUUCAUCUAGUGGCCAGUUUACAUCAUCUUCCGUACUUCGUGAGCAUACCGACGAAGACAAAUUGAAGAAGAUUGUUCCUAAACAGUGUUCGGUUGGCAUGGACGGCAUACGCGAUCGUUUAGAUACCAACGUAUGGCUAUUUCAAGUGGCUUAUAAUAACUUCACUAAGUUAUCUCCCCUGAGUGGCACUCUCAAUAGAAAAAAUGAAAAUGAAAUAUCGUGUGGUCGACACUGUUCCCGCGCUUAUAAAUGUGACAUAUAUGCCUUUAAUUCGGAGUGUAAUAUGUGUGCUAUGUUCUCAUGGGACACAGGCGAUUUUAACUUAGAUUGUACAAAACAUGAAGGGAUCGUAUGUUACACAAAAUGUUUUACUGCUUAAGGGUCAUCUAUAUAGCAGAAUAAUGUUGAAUUUCAAACACGAAUAAAUAGCUUUAAAAUUGCA